CGGGCGCGAGUCCCUGACGACCGGGCGGGACACGGGGACAGCCGGACACACGGACACGGGGGAGGGACACACGGACACGGCCCGGCGCCAUGGAGCACGGCCAGCAGCAGCAGGAGAAAGAAGAGGAGCAGGCUCAGGAGCCCUGGUUCUGGCUGACUGCAGAGCUGGGCAGCAGCUGCUCCUGGGACACCAAGCUGGGCCAGAGCUGUGCCAGGAGGGACCUGUCGGAGCUGCCCACGCUGGAGGAAGGCCUGCUGCCCUCAGCAGAAGCUUCUGGAGCUGCAGUUCCUGCCUCACCCCUGGAUGUCCAGGAGAGCAGAUUUUCCCCCUGCCUGCCCCUGCUGCUGAGCCCAGCCCGGGGUGAGACAUUCCUGCAGGGAUCCCAGAUGGAUUUCCUUCCCCUCAGAGGAGUCCUGGAUGUUUCUGGAGCAUCCCUGGAGCGUUCAGAGCCUGCCCACGUCCAUGGCACCGCAUCCCUGAGGGGCCCAGCCCUUCCCAGCCCACCCCAGCACUCCCAGCCCGUGGCACAGGAGGAUCCUGGAGCUGCUCCCCAGCCUGGGCAGCCCCUGGGCAGCCAGGGGGACAAUGGGGACAGUGGGGACAGUGAGCAGGAGGCACCGAUUCCCCGGGGCAGGGGGGAUCCAGCACAGCCAGCUCCAGAGAAGGGGCUGGGGCAGCCCUGGGGCACAGCUGGGAGGGAUGGACACUGCCCUGGUCACCCCUGUGGUCACUCCUCCCAGGACAGUGAUGGCCCAGCUGCUGCCUCUGAGCUCUCAGAGGGGAACAAGGAGUCCCCAGGGCAGGAGGAAUCUUCCUCCUCCUCCUCCUCCUCAGGAAACUCCUCCUACAGAAGUGCCCUGACCAAAUUCUCAGAGAAAAGCGAGAGGGGUGUGCAGCAGGCGAAGGUGAAGGUGGCUGGCAGUGGGGCAGGAGCCCUGGAGAAGCUGGAGAAGGGAAGGAAGGUGCCUCAGCCUGGUUUGUCACAUAACUUCUCUGAUGGCCUGAGGAAAGGCCAUGCCAAGAACUCGGCUGCUGAGGAAGUUCUUUGUGCAGCAGCCUCUGGGGCAGGCAGAGGAGGGCUGCAGGAGCCUGGGGUGCUGCCCAGGGGCUCCCAGGGGCUCAGAGGUUCCCAGGAGCUGGGGCUGGGCUCCAUGGCUGCUCCUGAGGGGCUGCAGGGAGCUCUCCUGGACCACCAGCAGCAGCCAUCAGGGAGGCUGGGGACAGAGGGGCUGCUCCCUGCUGGGACACCCAGCCUGACCCAGCCCCAGGAUGCUGCCCCCUGCCCUGGGCACUCCCCAGAGCCUGCAGGGAGCAGGGUUGAGCUCACUGCCUCUGACUGCUCCAUACAGAGGGGACACAAAGGCACAGAGAUCUCCCCUUCCUUCAGCCUGGGCGCUGAGGGCUCCUUCUCCCUGCUCCUACCUCAUCCCAACUUCCAGUCCACCCCAGGGGUGUUCCUCAAGAGAGCUGGGAAGGCAGAAGGACCUGGUGAAGGCUUGGUGAUGCUCUCAGACCUUCAGGCCUCUCCUUGGUGUCCCAGUGAAGAAGCCCCAGGGAUGUCCCCUGUCCCUGGGGAGGAGCAGCCCCCUCCCCAGAGUGCUGUGGCAGAGAGCUGUGGGCGUUUGGAGUCCCUGAAGCUGGAAUCUCCCUGUCCUGGCAGGAUGCAGUCCUUCCCCUCACUGAGCUUCCUGGAGAAGGUGGGAGCCUGGCACCUGCAGGGUCCUGCUGCCACCUGUGUGCCAGGUGCCUCUCCUCCUGCAAGGAAAGCCUCCAGUGCACCUCCCAGGCAUUCAGGCUGUGUUUCAGCAGUGCAGGAAAGCCUGGGGGACUCCAAGGGCAGUGCUGCUCGUGCCUGCAGGGGCACAGGUUCUCUGGGAAAUGUGCAUUUCCCCCAGACUGAGCUGCUGCCUGCCCUCCCUCUGAGCAGGUCCCAGUCUGACAGCACCAUGAACAUCUCCAGCAGGAGCACAGCCCUGCCUGCCCUGAGCCCUGCAGCACAGGGGGAGCAGAGUGCUGCUCUGGGGGGCUCUGACAGCCCCACCCCACAGAAGGGGCUGCCUGGAACCCCUGCUGAGGAUGGGCACAGCACCACCAGGCGAAGCUCAGCCCCAGAUGUGUUUGUGCUCAGUGCUGCUCAGCUCCCUCAAAAGGAUGGGAGCUCCCCAGCUGAGGAGCACCAGGACUGUGAGGAGAAGGGAAAUCAGUCCCUCAGUAUCCCCACUGGUGACAUCAUGGACAGCUUUGGAGUCAUUCCCUUGGAGAGUCUGACUUGUCCUGUUGGUCCCGAGGAGCCUCAGGGGGCCCUGGUGGUGCCCAGGCCCUGCCCCAGUGCAGGAGGGAGCAGCCCCAUCCCCUCUGGAGCAGCCCUGGAGACUCCCAAGAAGGAAGAGCUGAAUAUUGAAGAAAGGAUCCCGGUGUACCUGCGGAACCUGGGCAUCGAGCAGUCCCCUGGCACCAUCCUGGCCCCCUUUGUGCCCCGUGGGCCCCUCCGGGAGCUGGAGUUCUCCCCAUGGGGGCUCAGGAGCCUGCAGCCCCCCCUGGACACGGCCCCCCUGGACAGGGUCCCCCCGCAGGCCCAGGGUGCAUUGCUGCCAGCCUUUGAGCUGUCCCAGGCCAGCUUUGGCUCGGAUGUGUCUCCUCUGAGCGUGUCCCUCUCCGUGGGCUCUGAGGCUGGCUCGGAGCAGGAGCAGGACCUGCUGUCCCCCCGGGAGCUCUGUGCCAGCUCCCCCACGCUAUCUGGGCACUCCCCAGCCAGCCAAGGCAGUGUGCCAGGCCCCCAGCUGCAGGGAGGAGCCCCAGGGGGCACAGAGGGGUCCCCUGGACCUGCUGGGGCAGAGCCGGACCUGCCCAGCUGCUCCUCGGGCAGGGAUCCCCGGGAUGGGGGGAGAAGGGCUCAGGGUGCCCUUGCUGACCCUGAGCGCAGGAGCUCAGACAGCAGCCAGCAGGGAUGGGCUCUGUCUGGGCUUGGGAAUGACAUGGAAUUGGAUAGGGCAUCCUCGAGCUCCGGGGUGGGAAGUGAGAGCAGCCAGGGCCAGGAAAGGGAACCCCUGAUGGGCCCUGAGGCCCUGCAGGAGCUCCGGGAGCUGCUGGCACAGGCAGAGGGUCUGGCUGCCAGCUGGAGCCGUCCUGCUGGCCCCACAGCCUCCUGCAGGGAGCCUGGGGAGGCUCCCCCGGGGCUGGGUGGGAGGGAGGAGGAUCCAAAGGAUGCCAGCUUAGGCCAGGACUGGAUCCCAAAGCUGCAGGACACACUGUCACGGGAUGAGGCCGUGACCCCGAGGGGUGUGCAGGCACAGGAGCUGGACACGGACCCUCUGGACUCUUCCAGCUGCCAGCUGGCAUGGGGACACCCUCUGGCUGUCAGCUCCCAGCGCAGGGAAGGGCUGAGGGCAGUGGCCCAAGAGCCAAGGACAGGGAAAUCCACAGGGAGGUGGGAGCCAGAAGGGAGCAGCAGUGUGGGCAGGAGCCAGGCUGCCCGUGCAGGGCUGGCACAGAGCACUGCCAGCAGCCUCCCGGGCACUGGCACAGCCCCACAGCCCAGCCAUCCUCCCUCCCUGGAGCCCCUGGCAGUGCCCCCAAAGGCUGCCCGUGUGGGGCUGGCACAGAGCACUGGCACAGCCCCACAGCCGGGCCAUCCUCCUCCCCUGGAGCCCCUGGGCAGUGCCCCCGCUGGCCUGGGCAGCUCCCUGGGCUCCUGGGGCCAGGCUGGCAGGGCAGCAGGGACACAGGGCAGCGAGGACAGCAGCAGUGGGGAUUCCCUCAGUGCCCGGGUCAGGAGCCUCCUGAGGAGGGCUGGGCACUCCCAGCAGCCGGGCAGUGCCCCGGGGGUGGUGCUGGGCAGCCUGCCAGGGACUGGAGUUGCUCGGAGCCUGCCAGGAGCUGCCCUGAGCCCGGUGGGCAGCAGCAGCAGCGGUGACUCCCUGGCCACACGUGUCUGCAGCCUCCUGGGCACCACUGCCCCGGCCAGCCGUGUCCUGAAGAGCGCUGAGGAGCACGAGAGGAGGAUCCGAGCCUGGGUGAAGAUGAAACUGGCCAGCCAGUCCCAGGAGUGUGAGGCAGACUGGGAUGAAGAGCCCCAGCUCAGGAUGGAGGCAAUCAAGGCAGAGCUGCUCCCAAAGCCCAGGGAACCUGCACCAGCCAAGGAUCCCUGGCUCUGUGGUUUGGAAGCAGCUUCUGAGUACCUGAGGAAGCAGGAGCAGGACCUGGAGGGUGUGCAGGGUCCCAGGUGUCCCAGGGGCAGGCAGGGACAGCUCUCCAGGACCUGGGAGCUCCUCCAGCCCCGCUCCCCACCAGCAGCACCAUUCCGUAGAGCUGGUCCCUGGCAUUCCUCCCUGCUGAAGGACAUGCACCUGAAACCUUGGGGUGCUGCUGAGCUGAAGGACAUGCACCUGAAACCUUGGGGUGCUGCUGAGCUGCAGGAUGUGCAGCUGAAACCUUGGGGUGCUGCUGAGCUGCAGGAUGUGCAGCAGCCACAGGAGAUGCAGCUGAAACCCUGGAACACUGCUGACCUAAAGGAUGUGCAGCUGAAGCUCUACAGUGCUGCUGAGCCACAGAAGAUGCAGCUGAAACCCUGGAACACUGCUGACUUGCAGGACAUGCAGCUGAAGCUCUACAGUGCUGCUGACCUGCAGGAAGUGCACCUGAAACCUUCUGGUGCUGCUGAUCUGAAAGACAUGCAGCUGAAGCCCUGCAAUGCUGCUGACCUGAAGUCCUGGAAUACUGCUGAGCUGCAGGAUGUGCAGCUGAAACCUUGGGGUGCUGCUGAGCUGCAGGACGUGCACCUGAAGCCCUGCAAUGCUGCUGACCUGCAGGACAUGCCCCUGAAACCCUGCAGUACUGCUGAGCCACAGAAGAUGCAGCUGAAGCCCUGGAACACUGCUGACCUGCAGGAUGUGCACCUGAAGCCCUGCAGUGCUGCUGAGCCACAGGAGAUGCACCCAAAGCCCUGGAACACUGCUGAGCUGCAAGUGCACACCCAGCAGGCAGCCAUGGGGCACCCCAGUGCCAGGGCAGAGCCCCGUGCCCCUCUGGCACAGCACCCCCGUGCAGGGAGCCCUGCAGCUGCCCCCCCUGCCCACGGGGAGCUGGGCAGGCCCAGCACCUCCCUCACCCUGUGCUCCCAGAGCCUGGCACACAGCCCCAGCCUGGCCAGCAUCCUGCUUGGGCAGCACAGGCUGGGCACAGAGCCCUGGCACAGAGCUGGGGGUGCUGCUGCUGAGGCUCCUGCUGCCUCUGCUGCCAGGGCUGCAGCUCCUCAGGAGCCAGCCCAGCAGCCCGGGAGCAUCCAGGCUGGCAAGGGACAAACCCUGAGUGCCAGGCAGCCCCAGCUCCUGCCUGCAGCUCUGGGACACAGACACAGUGCCAGGGAGCUCAGCCAGGAAACAAAGCCAUCCAUGGAACCUCCCCCUCUGAGCCCAUCCCUGCAGGAGGAGAUCCCACCUGGGCACAGCCAGCUCAGGGAGAUCCCCCCUGGGCACAGCCAGCCCCAGGAGAUCCCCCCUGGGCACAGCCAGCUCAGGGAGAUCCCCCCUGGGCACAGCCAGCCCCAGGAGAUCCCCCCUGGGCACAGCCAGCCCCGGGAGAUCCCCCCUGGGCACAGCCAGCCCCGGGAGAUCCCCCCUGGGCACAGCCAGCUCAGGGAGAUCCCCCCUGGGCACAGCCAGCCCUGGGAGAUCCCACCUGGGCACAGCCAGCUCAGGGAGAUCCCCCCUGGGCACAGCCAGCCCCAGGAGAGCUCAGAGGGCCCAGGAGCAGCUGCACAAAGGGGUUUGCUGAAGGGCUCCAGUGAGGUGUUGGCUGAGGGGAGGAAAAGCCCUGAGGAGCCACCUCUGGUUCCAGAAGAGGCUGUGAGGGAGCAGAUGGGUCCUGCUCACCCUUCACCUGCAGAUGAAGCUUUGUCCACCAUUCCAGAAGAGGCUGUGAGGGGGCAGAUGGGUCCUGCUCACCCUUCACCUGCAGAUGAAGCUUUAUCCACCAUUCCAGGAGGGGCUGUGAGGGAGCAGAUGGGUCCUGCUCACCCUUCACCUGCAGAUGAAGCUUUGUCCACCAUUCCAGAAGAGGCUGUGAGGGGGCAGAUGGGUCCUGCUCACGCUUCACCUGCAGAUGAAGCUUUAUCCACCAUUCCAGAAGAGGCUGUGAGGGGGCAGAUGGGUCCUGCUCACCCUUUACCUGCAGAUGAAGCUUUAUGCACCAUGCCUGAAGCUCCCUCAUCACCAGUGAAGAGAUUCCUGAGCUGUGUGCACAUCACCCUCUCCUCCAGGGUCCAUCACCCCAGUGCCUGCAGUGCUGGGAAUGGGAUCAAGGUGUGGGACAAACCUCCAGAGAAGGCUCAGACAGUGACUUUACAAGCAGCUCCAGAAUCUUCAGUGGGAGGUGUUCCUAAAGCCCCUCGUGCUGAGGGCAUUCCCAGCCCAGCUCAGCCUGUGGCAGGUCCCAGCCAGCUGCUUUCCCCCAGGCAGGAGCUGCAGGGCAGGGCCAGGGCCCGGCUCACACAGGGCAUCCCCAGCUCUGCCACACCUGCCAGAAGGACUUCUGAUGCUGCCACCCAGAUCUCCACAGAGAGUCCCACCAAAGCCACGUUCUCAGCAGAAAUCUGUGUGGAUCCCACACAGAUUUCAUCCCACAAGGCCCCUGAAGCUCCUGGGACUGCAGCUCCACCCCACAAGGCUCCCGGAGCUCCUGGGACUGCAGCUCCAGCCCACACGGAGAUUCCCCCCUUCCCAAGGCAGCCUGCCCAGCCCCUGCUGCUGCCCUACAAGCCCUCAGGAAGCUCUGGCAUGUACUAUGUGCCUUUCCAGAGAGCAGGAGCCAGCGUGGAGCCCAGCACAGCCAGCUCCCACUCAGGCUCAGAGGAUGCUCCUGCUCCAGGGAUCCUGGCCCAGGUGCUGGCUCUGGGGGAUGAGCCCCCUGCAGCCAGGGCAGCUGCCCAGCACACAGGGACAGUCCAUGGGCACUGGCCUAAGCUGGCCUGGGCUGAGGGGCACAGGACACCGCUGGAACAGUCUGCAGAGCUCCCGGCUGGUUCUCAGCGUGCAGAACCCUCCCGUGGUGUCCCAGAGCCCCGUGCCAUGCCCACCAGGCAGCGCUGCAGCCAGCAUGCCAGGGAGCCCUGCAGGGCCCGGGCUGCAGCUGGGCACGCUGCCCUGGGCACAGCAGGGCACUUCUUUGCCCUCCCUGCAGAGGCUGACGACAGCAGGAGCGAGGAGCUGAGUGCCAGGGGCUCCUUUGGGCACGGGGCAGCUGGCACGGGGCUGCACCAGGGCGCUGCUGGCACCGAUCCUGCCCCACGGGGCCCAGCUGCUCCCCUGCAGGACAGCCUGGGGAAGGCACCACAGCAAAGGGGCCAUGCCAGGGGCAGCCUGGACGAGCUGUGGCUGAGGUUCCUGGAGCGCCAGGGCACGCAGCAGCAGCAGCAGCAGCUCAGGAGGAACGGGGAGCUGAGCCUCGUGCAGCGCCUGGACCGGCUGGCCAGGCUCCUGCAGAACCCCAUCAGGCACACCCUGGCACCCACAGCUGCUGGGGAGAGGGCUCCUGAGCACGAAAUGCAGGGGAGGGAGCAGCCAGAACCUGGGCUGGCAGGAAAAGCCAGGUCUGGGAGCAGCACGGAGCCAAGGGGAGCACGAGCGGGACAGAGGCCACGUGUGAGCCAUGGCAGCAGCAGCCCCGGGGAGCCCAGGGCAGGGCAGAAGGUGAUCCAGCACCUGAGCAGGAUCCUGGAGGAGCAGCAGCACCUGGGCAGCAUCCUGGAGAAGCAGCAGCCCCUGGGCAUGCCAAGUGACAGCUCCUCAGAGAGCAGGCUGAGCGGGGAGCCCAGCAGCUGCAGCACCUCUGCGUGGGACACGGGGACAGGGCUGGACACCUCCCCUGCCUCUGGGAGCAGCAGCUCCCUGUCCCUGUCCACCAUUGACACAGCCAGGCUGCUCCAGGCCUUUGGGCAGCACAGGGUGGCCCCAAGCACCGACGCCCCCAGCCCAGCCCCAGAGCUGUCCCCAGAGCUGUCCCCAGAGCUGUCCCCGAGGCUGGCCCGGCUGUACCGUGCCAUCAGCCAGCAGAAGAGGCGCUCUGAGGAGUGGCAGGAGCACAGUGGAGGAGCAGGGACUGCAGGAUGUCCCCAGGGAGCUGCUCAGAGCCUCGGGAAGGGACAGCAGAGCCAGAGCACCAUGCCCUUCUCAGACUCCACCUGUGCCAGCAGCAGCUCCUGGGGGCCCAGCUGUGCCCUGAGCCACAAGAGACGGGCUCGGAUGCUGAACAAAGGGAUCCAGGCAGGGGACCUGGAGAUCGUCAGCAGUGCCACCAAGAGGAACACUCGGGAUGUGGGGGUGACCUUCCCCACGCCCAGGAGCAGCCAGCAGCUGUGGGAGCCCCCUGGGCAGGGCCAGGGCACAGCCUGGCAGCAGCCCCGGGCACAGCCGGGCAGGAUCUUGACAGACACACGGACCAGGAGGAGCAGGCUGCACUUCCAGCAAGGGACUGCGUGGCUCAUCCCAGCAGAGGACUUGGAAUGUGAAUCAAGGAAAGAAAACCAGUGCAGUGCCCCUCCUGGCCCUGGGCCAGCCUGGUUUGAGCCCUGGAGCAGCACAAAGCCCUGGAGAGAGCCCCUGAGGGAGAAGAACUGGGGGGAGCAGCCCAGGCUGGGCCAGGGAGCAGUGACAGCCCCGGGGGCUGGCAGGGGGCUGGGGCAGCCCCUGGGCAAGCUCACCCUGCAGGAGGCGCUGGCCCUGCACCGCCCCGAUUUCAUCUCGCGCUCGGGGCAGCGCCUGCGGCACCUGCGGCUGCUCCGCGAGGAGAGGAGGCUGCACAAAGCCCAGAGGGAAAAGCUGCUGCCAGCCCAGGGGGAAACACUGCUGCCAGCCCAGAGGGACCAGCUCCUGCCAGCCCAGAGGGACCAGCUCCUGCCAGCCCAGCAGCUGCUGCAGCCUGCAAGGAGGAGAAAAGACUGCAGGACUGCAAAUCACCUGCUGUCCAACCGAGGUUUCCUGAUGAGAGAAAAAAGAAGAGCAAUUCCCAAGCAUGAAAUGUUUCAAAGAUCUAAAAGGAUGUACGAGCAGCUCCCUGAGGUGAGGAGGAAGAGGGAGGAGGAGCGGAGGAAGCAGGAGUACAGCUCCUACCGCCUGAGGGCUCAGCUCUACAAAACUAAGAUCACCAGCCGUGUCCUGGGGAAGAAGGUGUCCUGGAGCUGACCUCAGCCAGCCUGGGCUGGCACACACAGCCCUGACACAGGAGAAGGCACUAAAUGCUUCUGCAGCCCCACUUUGUGCUCUUGGCUCCCUUCUGUGCUCACUGCUCCUGCCCUACGUAAGAAUCAGGGAUUUGGGGGAGUGUCAGGGUUUUAAAUAAAUAGCUGGGGUUUUAUAGUGGUGUUAGGCACUUCAGAGGAAACACAGUCUGGAAAAACUUGGUUCAUAACAUAUUUAUAACUCCCUGAUUGGAAUAGCAGUUUUAUAUAUUUAUUUUCAACAGAUUUUAACGCGGAUUUUUAGAUUUUUUUAAAAUUUCUGUCUCAAUGUAGAAAAUUCACUUGUUAUGUUUUGUACUUCAAUAAAACAGCUGAGUUGUUUUAA